GGGGCGAGAGCGGGGGCGGGGCGGACGGGGCUCUCCCGGCGGCCGACGGGGCACGCUAGUGUUGGGGUCCCGCCGCCGUGAGGAUCGAGCUCGUGCGGGUCGGUCAGUCGUCGGGGCCUGCGCUGGGCCCGGGCCCAUGGCGGCGUCGGCGGCUCUGUCUGCGGCAGCGGCGGCGGCGGCCCUGUCUGGCCUGGCGGUGCGUCUGUCACGCUCAGCGGCCGCCCGAGGCUCGUACAGCGCCUUCUGCAAGGGGCUUACGCGCACGCUGCUCACCUUCUUCGACCUGGCCUGGCGGCUGCGCAUGAACUUCCCCUACUUCUACAUCGUGGCCUCAGUGAUGCUCAACGUCCGCCUGCAAGUGCGUAUCGAGUGAGCACCGGCGGCGGUGGCGGAGGGCCGGCUGGAGGGGCGCCCGUGUCCCCGCCCGCCCCCGGCCGCCGGGUCGCCGGCAUGAAGGACAGCUGGAUCGCGGCGGGGGGCGGAGGCGGGGCGGCCCGGGCCCCUGGACUCUAGACCUCCGCCGCCCAAGCACGAAGGCCCAGCCCUGGCCCGGCCGCGGUCUCAGUCCGGAGACCCCGGAUCGCGCAGAAACGCACUGAACAGGCCCCUACCAUCGGGCUCCAGAAACUACCUGGGCUCGGCCUACCUGUUGCCUCACAUUGGCCAAAGAGGGGGAAACCAGAAGGAGGGAAUUGCUGCGGCGACUUGACUUUCCAGGCCCCGAGCAGAAAGGCAUUGGCGUUUGUUGGCGGUGACCUGCCCCUUCUUUGGCCUUGCCAAGAGUCUCAUCCCUGCCUGGGGGCACCUCUGGCCCUGGACCUGCUUGGGCAGAGGCAGCGUGAAGGACCUGAACAACAGAAGAAGGGCCUUCCUAGUAGAGGCACAGCAUGGACAAAGGCUCACGGGGUGGGGGUGCCCAGGGAUCGAGUCCUGGCUUGGGAAGGAAGGUCUGAGUUCCCUGGGAACUGAGAUCUGCUGGCAGCACUGUGAGAGGUGUAUUUCCCCCUUCUAAUGACAGAGGAAACUGAGGCUUCGGGGAGGUGGGGGGUUGCCCUUGACACGCAGAUAGGAGGAGGAGGAACUGCGUGUGCCCCUGGGCCUGCAGGCCCCCACACCCCUCCCCAGUCUUCUCCAAGACCUGGCAUGGUGGGAGGAGGGAAGGGGAAGUGGAGAGGGAAGCAUAGGGCUCCUGGGGCACCAAGGGAGAAAGGGGCCUAGGGGUAUGGAAUCUGGGGAUCUCACUUUCUUUGGAGCAGUACCGAAGGUCACAGGGAAGAUCAGGAGGACAGACAGCUGAGAUGGGAGACAGAAGAGAUGGGCCCCAGGACCCUUGGGGAGCCAAGCUCUCCCCCACAGCCUAACCUCCCCACCCCACCUGGAGCUUCACCAAGGGCUCCUCAGCAGUGCAGUGGCACAAGCCUCCCAGUUUGGUGGGCAAGUGGGGGUGAUCUUGGUGUUGUGGCUCCUGGAGACACACAUAACCAGGAGGGUGAAAGGAUAAACUUGGGGUGUGCUGGGGCUGAGACCCAUGGCAUGACCCCAAUUCUCUCUCCUCAAGUUCGACCCCCCAUGACCAGGACCACACAGGAGAAUCUCAUCUCACGGCUUGGAUUGGUCCUGGGGGCCCCCGGGUGUGCUGCUAGCCGGUGUACAAUGGUCAGGAGCAGCCCAGAGGGGAGCCAGGAAGAGACCCUCGCCCUCACCCUCUUUCCCCAUUUUCCCAUCUCUUGCACUGGUACCCCGAGGGCCACGUUCUCAGUUCCUGGGACUGAAAACUGCAGCAGUCUGGCCAGCUCCAGGGACAGAGUGGCCCAGCCACCUACCAUGUACCCUCCUCAGCUGCCCACUGGACCCAGGUCCUGAAUGAAGCCGGCUGCCUGCCUCACCCCAGAAGAGGCUGGACAGUGGCUGCCUCGUGCCCCCUGCAGUCUCCCACAGCCAGGGCCCGAUGGCGUGCCUCCUAGUCCUAAGUUUCCUGAGAACCCCUGACCCUGCUGGCCUUUCAUCCCCCGCAACCCUGUCCACCCUGGACCACCUCUGGGGACCCGUCAGCCUGCUGGUCCUCCCAACAGAUCUCUGGGGGCAGCCUCUGUGGGUCAAGAGUGACACGGGGCUGGAGGAGAAGAGGAGUGAGGGGUCUCCUUGUGUCUGAUGCACAGAUGUGGCCCUUUCAAGCCCUGGUGUCACCCUCUGCGUGACUGGAUCCCCAGCUCCACCCUCUUCCUGGGCCAGCCAGGAAGGAUGGAGGAAAGCUCUUUGCUGAUUGCAUGUGUGGGAGUGUGGGGGGUGACUGAGCCCUCCCCAUGCAAGGGGCUCGGCCUGGGACCCUGGAACCUGCUUCCCUACUGGGAGAAAUGUGCAUCAGAGCUGCAGGGGUCCCUACCCUCAGAGACCCCCGACUGCAGGGAGCCCCACCCCAUAAGAGGGGCAUGGAAAUCCAUGUCCUCCCCCACCUCGCCGCCCCGUGGCUUCUGCCGUGGCUGUAUUGGCCUAGAGGGGCUGGCUGGGGAGGAGCAGGGCUGAGCCCCUCAGCAUCUGCUCCUGUCCCUGCCUUUUCACGCCUGCUGCUUGAAGUGGUAGCUCCACCUGCUGCUGCUCCACCUCCCCUCCCCACCUCUUCUCUCCCCGACGGGGCCCUUGCUGCGUGAUGGGGUCUCCAUGCACUUUAUUUAUUUGCAGUCUGUUUGCCAGGCGGUGGAGCUUCUAGACACCGACCGGAAUGACACACUUUUCUGUGCGUGAUUCACUGUGUACUGGUCAGCACAGGCUGGCCGGAGACAUGUUCUUGUUUCUGGUGUUGUCACGUCUUCUUGUUUUCUCUAAGUUAAAAAAGAAAAAAAAAAAGUCCUUGGUUUAAUACACUAAAAUCCCAACUGGAGGCCUCCCGUGUCUGGUGGGGGUGAUGCAGUGGCCCCGGGUGGAGAGAGGCCCCAUGGUGAGGUCACCGGCUCCCAUGGCCAGGGAGAAGCCUCUGAAAGGUAGGGGUGGGGGAGGCUGUAGCAGGGACCGUGUUUCCUGUUCAGAGGCUGUGCUGAGGACUGACUUGACCCAGACCACUGCCCCAUGAGAAGAAGGCAGCAGCCUGAGCUGGCCCCAAGAGGUGGCUGCUUAUCCUGUUGACAGCCUCUGUUCACCCACCGGGCCCCGGGUGAGAGGCAUCCUGAGGACACAGGGCUAUGCUCAGACUCAGGAGUGCAGUCUGGGUUUAGGGGCCCUGGGGGCACCCCUGUUGCCAAGGGCUACCCAGGGGCCACAGCACCCUGACAAGGAGGACCCCUCCAAAAGCACUGGUGCCAACACCUUAUGGCAUCUGCUGCCGCAGGAGAAAUGGACCCCAGUCCCUGAACUUCCCUCCCCUUUGUCGAGAUGGUCCUCUUCAGUCCCUGAUGGUCCCAUCCCCACUCCAGGGAUCACAUGACUUGGCAAACCAAGAUGGGGUUGGAGCAUGGCUCCAAGGCCUCCUGAAGAGGGAGGACCACCCCUCCCAUCCCUGCUACAGAGGAAGGGAAAGCAGGAAGGCCGGUUCUGCUCAAAUGGGACCCCAGGAGACCAAAGCCCUGAGCUGUAAGUCCAGGUCUUCCACUUCCUACUGUGUGGUGCCAGGCAAACUGCACAACCUGGAGUUUUUAGUAAGGUUCCUUUGGGGUGCUUGUCAGCAGUGAAUACAAUGUCUGUUCAAUGUUUGUCAUCAGGUCUCACCUGGAGCAGCCUUUUUAAUGUGGGGAAAGGGAACCAAGUGAAGGGAACGGACAUCUGAUGAGAGCCUGCCAUGUACCAGGCACCAUUCUAGGUGCUUUGCAUUCCUAAUCUCAUCAUAACUACCUAACCGUUAUCUCCAUUUUACAGAGAAAUUGAGGAUAAGAACCAAGUCUGAAAUAGAACCCCAAGCAGAAUCUCUUUUCCUGAGCUCCCAAUGCCCACUGGAGAGGCAGGGAAUUGGGCUGGAGUAGUGGUGGAAUGGAAUAGCAAAGGUGGAAGAUGACCCUGUUCUUUCUGGGUGGGGUCCAGGAGGCAGAUAAGAAAUCCAAGUGUGGCCGGGUGCAGUGGCUCAUGCCUGUAAUGCCAGCACUUUGGGAGGCCAAGGUGGGCGGAUCACAAGGUCAGGAGUCAAGACCAGCCUGACCAACAUGGUGAAACCCCGUCUCUACUAAAAAUGCAAAAAUUAGCUUGGCAUGGUGGCGCACGCCUGUAGUCCCAGCUACUUGGGUGGCUGAGGCAGGAGAAUUGCUUGAACCUGGGAGGCAGAGGUUGCAGUGAGCCAAGAUCUGGACAACAGAGUGAGACUCCAUCUCAAAAAAAAAAAAAAAAAAAGAAAAAAAAAGAAAGAAAGAAAGAAAAGAAAAGAAAUCCAGGGCUUGGAUGGGGGACAGACUUGGGAGCCUUCUCCAAAUGGAGCUCCCCAAUGGGAGCAGCUGGGGCCACCCUAAGAUGGGUUCACCUGUCUUUUCUCUAUCCUCCCUCCAGAGAUUGAUUGAAACAUAAGAGACUGAGUCAGGAGAGGGCAAGAGAGCAGCUAAGUGGGCGGUUCCGGGGGCGCCAGAGCAAAUACAAUGAGAAAUGGGAAAUAUAAAGAGCAUGCAAAACCUCAUCCUACUCCUUUUCACUCCACCCACAAGGGAAACUGCUGCAUUUGGACAAAUUUCUACUUCGUGUUGGUGGAGGGAAGGAGAAAGAACAUACUACUUUGAAAACUUCUCCUCCCACUUCAUCUUUAUCUUUCCAUGUUAUUAGGUAUUUUUCUAUAUCCAAAGUCACCUAGUAGUCUCUUGUAUGAAGGUAUCAUGCAUUUCUGAAUGCCUCUUGGUUAUUUCCCUUUAUUGUUUAUUUGGGGAGUUUGGUUUCUUGGUUGUUUGGUUUUUUUCUGUGGUUUUGUUGUUAUAAACAUUCCAGUAACAGAUAAGUUGGACCUCAUCAAAAUUAAAAACUUUGGUGCAUAAGAAGUCACUAUCAGGACAGUGAAAACACACCCUACAGAGUGGGAGCAAAUAUUUUAAAACAUAUAUCUGAUAAGAGAUUUGUAUCCAGAAAUAUAAAAAGAACUCUAGCUACUCAAUAAAGAAAGACAGACAACCCAAUCAAAAUAUGGGCAAAGAGUUUUAAUACACAUUUUUCCAAAGAAGGGAUACAUAUGGCCACCAAGCACAUAAAGAUGCUCAACGUCAUUAGUCAUUAGGGAAAUGCAAAUCAAAACCACAAUGAGCUACCACUUCACCCUCACCCACUUCACUCAUUAGGAUACUUAUUUAUUUAUUUAUUUAUUUAUUUAGAGACAGCAUCUUGCAAUGCCCAGGCUGGAGAGCAGUGACACAAUCUAAGCUCACUGCAACCUCUGCCUCCUAGGUUCAAGUGAUUCUCAUGCCUCAGCCUCCCAAGUAGCUGGGAUUACAGACGUGGCCACCACACCUGGCUAAUUUUUGAAUUUUUUGUAGAGACGGGUUUCGUCAUGUUGGUCAGGCUGGUCUCAAACUCCUGGCCUCAAGUGAUCAACCCUCCUCACCCUCCUAAAGUGCUGGAAUUACAGGUGUGAGUCACCAUGCACAGCUCAACUUUAAAAAAAAAUUUAAAACAGCAAGUGUUGGUGAGGAUGUGGAGAAAUUGGAACCCUUGUUCAUUACUAAUGGGCAUGUAAACUGGUACAGCAGCCACUGUGGAAAACUGGUGGUUCCUCAAAUAGUUAAACCUAGAAUUAUUCUAUAGCUCAGCACUUCCACUCCUAGGUACAUACUCAAAGGACUGAAAGCUGGUGCUGAAACAUGAAUUUUCAUAGCAGCACUGUUUACAAUAGCUAGAAGGUGGAAACAACCCAAAUGUCUAUCAGUCUGUCAACUGAUAAAUGAAUAAACAAAACUUGGUAUAUUUAUACACUGGAAUAUUAUUCAGCCCCAAAAUAAUCCCACAAUGAAGUAUUUGACACAUAUUACAAGGUGGAUAAACUUUGAAAAUAUUAUGCUAAGUGAAAGAAAUCAGACACGAAAGAUUACAAAUUUUAUGAUUCCAUUUAUAUGAAAUGUCUAGAAUAUGUAAAUUCAUAGAGACAGAAAGCAGAUUAGUGGCUGCCAUGGUCUAGGGGAAGGAAGGAUGGAGAGUGACUGCUUAAUGAGUACAGGGUCUCCUUUUAGGGAGGUGAAAAUGUUUUGGAACUAACUGGUGAUGGUUACACAACAUUGUGAAUGUACUAAAUGCCACUGAAUUAUACAUUUCAAAAUGGUUGAUUUUAUGUUAUGUGGAUUUCAACUCAAUAAUGAAAACAAAAUUUGCUGACACA